AGCCAAGUCGGACCACUGUACAGUCUGAAUACCCUCAAUUAAAGGACCCUACUAAAACACGCGCUGAUAGUUCAUUCAACGCAUCACAUCGGGUACUUAAGUGUUUGUCUUUGAGGGAAUGGGCCCUCAUCAUAAUCGAAUUACUUAUUUCUCACAUAGUUCCGGGCUGUUGUACGAGCGCACAACCUCAUCCUCAACCCCCACAGGAACAUACCUGCCAAAAUACUACCCAAAGAAAACUAAGCCAAAAUCCAACCAGAGUAUCCCAAAAAAAUUGGGUUGAAAGAAAAAAUUUCCUUCGUUCCAGAAAUCUUCACGAUCUUCUAGACGCUUCCACUUUUUUCGGGAUUCUUCCCUGAGCAUCGUCAUCAGUGCCUGCAGGCACCACCUUUUCAUAUAUAUUUUUUCUCCUUUUCGACCAUGAUGAAUUACAUCUCCAUUUCAUAUUAACAAUGGCCACUCAAUUUAAUGCGGAAACCGCAGACAACCUCGAGGAUAUCGAAAAGCAAUUCGCCGUGAAGGCUGUUGUGCAGGCCGAGACUUACUGGGGCUUGAUUUCGAAAGUCAAGGCUUCAGCGUUGAAAUUGACCCAGCAUGACGACGAUAUUUUCGAGGCCCUCAUGGAAGACUUUCCCGAAUUCAAGGAGAAAGCCAAUGUCGCACAAAUCUCGGAAAACGAGAUGAAGAGUCCACAGGGAAAAACCAGAUGGAGAAACUUUUGCGAGAAGUUCAAGGAAAUCGAUGAUUACAACUUCGGCACCUUGUUGAGAACCAAAGCUUCAGACGAGUACUCGCAAGAAAAUACGAUUUUCGCCGUCAGAAUCCAGUUCUACGCCAUUGAGAUUGCUAGAAAUAGGUAUGGCUUAAACGACUGGGCUUCCGGCAACUAACGACUGCAAAAUAAUAAAUAAUAUGUACCAUAAAGUAAUCUGUCUUUCCGAGACACUGAUUUAUGUGUAUUCUGUAGCUAUAACGGGGGGCUGCGAACACAUAGUUCUCGAGCAUUCUGAUUCGACUCAGUAGAAAACCUCAUUCUUCCAGAGCUCAAUGUUUCGACCCCCAUAUAGGCUAUAAUGGCAAAGUUGGAAAAAGGAAAUAUGAAAAGACUUCUUGUAAUCACCUGGCUUAUUGACCUUUCAAACUUCCGC